AGGGCGGGCUGGGAUAUGGAGGGAACUUGCGGGUGGAGGCCUCCGACAACCUGAACAGCAGCUGAGAGUUCCUGCCCUUAGCACAGCUCUGUGCAGCCUAGCCCCUCACUCUGUCUCCUGUGUGUGUCCAGCAGCCCUGCUCCAGCUGGUUCUUCCCUACCUUCAGGUACCAGAGGUGUCGUCAUCUAUUCUCUCUGCUGCCACUAAUCUAGCAACUACUACCAGUUAUUUACAUUCCUUGGAAGAGUUGAAGAUCAAACACAGAACAAGAUGAGAGAAAUUAUGGAAAUUAGCUUCUUAAGGAGACUUGCCUCUUUCCUCGCUGUCAUGAGAAGACUGAGCACAUGAGCAAUAACUUCAGAACUCCUCUAGGAAAUGUUGCUAUGAAGAAAGAAGUUAGAAAUGACUGAUGUGGAACCUGUGGUCACAGAUUUUGCAGCAUCGGGAAGGGCAGGCCGUCGAAAUGCCUUACCAGAUAUUCUGGGUUCUCCUGCUGGGGUUGGGGCAGGGACUUCAGACCUGCCACACAAACUAGCUGAACUUUCUGUGUCAAAAGAUGAAGAAGCAGAAGGUGGAGAAAUAUCAUCCGAAGCCAUGCUGGAAAACCCAGAGAUAGAAGGAAAAUCUAAUCCUAAUCUCUAGAGAUUGCUGGAUUUACAAUGUCCGUCGACAGAUUUUACAAAUGUUCUGCUUUUCAGAGGUUCCAAGCCCUAGCAGAAACUGUAGUGAUCUGGGCAGGACUAUUCAAGACAAUUGUAUCUGGAUGACAUUAACUUGCAGCUACUACUUAGGGUGUUCAUGCUGUUUUCUACUGUAGUCUAUCAAAAAACAAGUAAUCUACAAAUCACAGCCAGGAAAAAAGCUAAAGAAUGUAUGUUUGGGGUUUUUUUAAUUGUUGUCAGUUGCACCAUAUUGAUACUAAUCCAACCAAACCCUUUUUGAUCAUUUCAAUGAUUAUGGUUAACCGUUGUACACAACACAAUAACCAUGCUAAAUAUAACUCUGAUUAAUUUUCCAAAUUAUUUUUUUCAGUGAAACCAAGUCUUGUUUCCCAUCCAAGAUGAGAUUAUGUCAAGUGUAUUGGGUUGCAGAUAGGGAGGGGAUUUUUCUGACCUUUAAAGAUAGAAGAAACACAUAUAUCCAUGAUGUACAAACUUUUAUAACUUUCUGAGAUUUUUGUUCUCUUUGGGAAGAGAAAUGGGGUGAAAAAUCCUGAAACAAAACACGUUUUUCUCCUUUUCUUUUCCAAAAUGUUCUAUAUACAUCUUAAAAAACAAAAAAAAACUUUUUGAAUAUCUCUUCAGUUUAUUCAGCCCUAUCUCCAGGCAGAUAAUCUCUGGGUUCUUCUAUUCCCAACAGUCAUACUCCUUCUGUCUUUUCUGUGCGCAGCCUCAAUACUAUAUUUGUUCAGAUGUAUUUAAAAUAAAAUAGCAACAUUUGUAAGUGAUUUAAAUUUUUUACUCUCGCCCUGGAUAUUAAAUAGAUCCCAUCUCUUUUGUGUUCUUGAAUCUUUGAUGUCUCUCCUGUAUGGCAAGGAAUGAA